AGAAUCCCGUGCAUUCUGUGUUUUUGAGGUGUGGUAGCUUUCACACUGGGUGUGGCUGUCGACGAAAGGUGGUCAGUGUGUGCAAUAAUAGUCGCCAUGCAACGUCUGGUUGUGUUCUUUGCACUCUUUGCUGCUGUUGGCGGCCAACCAUCUGGCACAUUCAACUGCAAACGUGAGGGCUCCCCGUGCAUGAAUGGACAGAUUUGUACCGCGGACGGGCAGUGUGACUGUGGAGCACGCUAUUCAGGCUAUAACUGCCAAGUACCUACAGAUAAGAAACAAACGCCACUCUGUGUAAACAGUGUAGAUCAGUGUGGUGUCCAUGGAUUUUGUUACACGUUCACGGACCAGGCGGGCGAUAUAGCAGAAUGUUUCUGUGAGGCUGGUUGGGGACCCGAGUCCAGAACUGAUCAUAAAUGCACCGCUGGUCGUUAUAAAGUGGUCUGCUUCAAAGACAAGAUGAUGAUCAAUAUCUACCCGUACAGUCCUUUGUCAGCUACUUUGAGGAUAUACUUGUGGGAUAAUCCACAGUGUAAGAUAUCAGCCGGCUACAGCACAAUGAGCGUAGAUCAACAGGCUUUCGUAGGUGGGAGAGCCAGAGAAAUCAACCACGUCGGCGACACUGAUUGUGGAUCAGCCACCAUGGAUGAUGACGGGACUGGCCAGAUCACAUUUAAACGUUACUUCUAUGUCGGCUAUAACACAGUUUACUCUUCAUACCUGGAUGAGAUUGUGACCGCCAUCUGUACAAUCAAUGGGAACCAACAAAUCACAUCCAGCAUUGAGAUGAAAUCACUUGCAAAAGAUGAGCUUUUGGCCACUGAUACGACAGACGAACACCUGCCAGUUUCUUUAAGUGUAGAUGCUGCCGGCAGCUCCGUAAGCCAAGGGGCCACUGUGGACGUGGGACAAACACUUUCAUUUACUUUCUCUGUGGACGUUUCCUUCAACGCGAUGCUGCUGGAUGGUGUGAAAAUAGAAAAUGGAAAACCCUCAAGUGAUGAAGAUUUCCAGUCUUUCACCCUGCUAGAAAAUGGGUGCCGGGUUGAAAAUGCUCACUCUGACAUCUGGCUUGGUCUACCGAGUGCCAGUGGCAGCACGCGGACUGUGGUGUUUGAAUUCAAAGCGUUUAUCUUCACCAAGUCUGCAAUGCUGAAAGUUAUCUUCAGCAUUAAAGUCUGUUUGGACUCAGGCGAUGCUGUGUGUUCACAUGUAGAUUGUAACGGCACUGUAUCAGCAGGAAGACGGAAACGAGACUUGAUUGGCGCCAGGAACCAGACAACCGUGCUCGAAAGAACUUUCUACGUGACGUAUCCAGAUAUAUUAGAACUUCAAAACGUGACGAAUACGGAUGGGAGUCUCGGGAAACUGGAGUGUAAGACCAGUGCGGCCAUGAUGGGAGGUCUUGGGGCGUUAGCCGUAGUUGUCUUGUCUUGUUUAUUCAGUGGCACGACCAUUCAAGCAAACCUAGUAAACCGAUUAAUCUCCCCUACCUUCCCUCGACAUGACCACUGUGAAAUUCAGAACAAUAAAAGCAUUGAACCCUCAAUUUUGUGA